UUUACCAAAUUAAAAAAAAAAACGUUAAAAGGAAGGAAAGGAAAAACAGCAUCAGAACAGUGUGGCAGGUCCCACCACUAGGCCCUACCUUCCUGCCAGCCCUGCUCGUGGCCGGGGCUGGGCGUCUUGGGAAGUUACCAGCCUUCUUCUGUCCUGUUCUGUUUCAGCUGCCGCCAGUGUGGGUACCUGUUCUCUGAGUGAGAGGCCACUGCUCUCACAGGCUCCCAGCUCGGACGUCCGGUCACUCCUCCCUCCCGCCUGGAACAGCCUCACCCACGGUGCCAGCCCACCCAGUGGCCCUUACGAAGUGGUGACCACUCCGACCAGCAGCAGGCGGCCUGGCAGAGUUGAAAGCAUUGUUCUAACUUCCUUCCUAAAGGGUUUCAGGGGUGGAAGAUGGUACCAGUCAACCCUGAGCCGGAGGAGGAGCCCGCAGCCGCUGCCGCGAGAUGGAGGAGCCCACGCCUGAGCCCGUCUACGUCGAUGUGGACAAGGGACUGACGUUGGCCUGCUUCGUCUUCCUCUGCCUCUUCCUCGUCGUGAUGAUCAUCCGCUGCGCCAAGGUCAUCAUGGACCCUUACAGCGCCAUCCCCACGUCCACCUGGGAGGAGCAGCAUCUGGACGACUGAGGCGCGGGCGGGGCUGCGCGGCGGGACCGAGACCCCGGAGCUGGCCGGGCACGGGGUGCCCCCGGGGAUGCGCCUCUGUGUCCCCGGGCCACCGGCCCGCCAGCCCAUGGAGGCCAGGAUGGAUCUGGGGCCCCGGGGCCUCUCACACGAGCAUCAGAGUGAAAUGCUGGGUACUGCGGGUGUUGCAGUGGUGGGACAGUCUGCGGAUAAGAGCAGGCGGCCCGAGGUCCAGUCUGGGGGAUCACUGUGAGACCAUGGGGCGGUCACCUUCCCCCGCUCCUGUGCGCCUUGUGGAACUGGACGCAGGACAGACACCCACCGUCGCACAGCAGUGGUCUGGUUUUGAGGAGACUCUUGCCCUUAACAUGCAAAGUAGCACACACACUAGCCCUGGAGGCUCCCAGCCCCAAUGUCCCACCUGAACCCAAGCCCCUUCGCAACGGGCCAGAAAUGGAGCAGGUGGUGAAGCGUAAGGCGUGAGUCUCCCCCAAAUUCACAAAAGGCACAUGGGCUGCUUCCCAGCAGUAUUUUUUUAAACUAAAAUAUAGAGGGGUAUAUUUUUCCUGUUAUAAGUGAAAUGUGCAUUUUAGAAGUUCGGGAAAUUACAGAAAAAAAUACAAAGAAAGGGGGAGAGUAACACGUGUAAUCCCACUUCCCAGAGCCGCCGUUCUGAUGUAUUUCCUCCCAGCCUUUUUUACACGUAUUCUUUAAAGUCAGUUUCAUACCAUGUGCAUGAUGUUGUAUCACUUCGUAUUAGAGCAUGAACACGUUCUCGCUUCAUCAAAC